AUGACACUGGCUAUCGUUCUCGGAGUCUGCAUUCCGCUUGUCGCAGCCGUCUCCGUCUUUAUUUGGCUCCAUUUCAGAAAUAAGAAGAAGCAGCGGAUGGAGGACCUGAAUGAUCCCCACAAGUCGUUGGAUUUCGGAUUGGAGGGAGGCCGUGCCAAAGGGUCGCGCAAGAGCCUCAUUAGCAGGGAGAAGGAAACAGGCCAAUCUCGAUUCAACCGCCAACAAAUGUCGAUGGAUAUGAACCUGUCCAGCCCGUACCUGCUCCCGCCUGAGGUGCACAACUCGCGCGAAUCCCUCAAUUCUCUGGCCAAAACGCUCCACCCCCACGAGGAUCCCUACCGGCCCGGGCAGUUCGGCGGAAGUGACGUUGGGUCGAUCCGCUCAUUCUCCAAAGGACAUGAGGCCGCUUCGGUGUACACUCGGUCAAGCAGCCGCGCGGAUGCCGCGCAGAUGUCUCCCGGGGGCUACGGUUCUCCUUCCCGACAGAAUUCCAUCCCUAUGUCGCCUCUUAUGCCGCCUGAGCCGAGCCACAUGAAACCAGAUCAGUCAGCGUCAGACCCGACUCUCAUGCCGCCAAGCGCCCCUCCGAUGGGGCCUCUACCGCCUAUUGGAACCGCGACUGCAGGAUCGCCUCGGAGCCAGGAUGAAGACCUUGCCAUUGGAACUGCUAUCCAAGAACCGCCCGCCGUUGCACAAAAGUCGCCCGGUAUGCCUCCGCCAUCGCCUAUGCAGCCAAGCCCGGCCGAUUCGGGUGUGGCUGUGGAUUACGAUGCUGUCGAUAACCCGUUCGAGAAGCCGGUGGCCCAGGAAGUUCCCACUCCGACUGAAUCCCAGACCGUGAGCCUUGGUCUUACUUCUCACCCCCAGCCUCAGCGGGCAUCCAUCCGGUCUUCCACAUCAUCAUACGACAGCCGGACGACGAGCCCACCGCCGAACAAGCAUACCUCUAUGUCCGCGCCCAUCAUCGAAGAACCGGAGCCUCUUGAUUACUAUGAUUUUGACUUUGCGGACAUGCCAGAAAUGCCGCGGGACCAGCGCUCCCCUUCGCCGGCGAACCCCAGUGGCCAACUCGACGUGGAUGAGCCAAGAGGCCGGAACAUGCAGAGAACCUCCCAAAUGUUUGAGCAACAGAGUGCGGCCCGUCAGAGCGGUCUGGGGGUCCCUAACCAGGAUAACCGCCGUCUCUCCGUUGGCUUCCGCCCGCUCCCGCCUGAUGAAAUCAUGGAAUCCGAGGACCCCGAAUACAGGGCGAACCGUAUCCGCUCCUUCUACAAGGAGUACUUUGAAGAUGUUCUGAGGCCAGAGGACAGGCCGCCGAUGCCGCCGAUGCCCCUGAUGACACAACAGCAGCGACAGCAACAACAACAGCCGCCCCACCCGCAACAACGGCCACAAGGGCAACAGCCUUCCCAACACCAACAUCAUCAAAGUAACACGAGCUACUACGAGGAUUACGACGCAGGCUAUGCCCAGGAUGCCCCGUAUUUCGAUCCUGCCAGCAACUCAUUCGUUAUGCCUUACGCACAACCCGUAUCUCGCAGGGCUAUGACACCCCCGCCCUCAGGCCAGAGAUUCCCGGGGCCGAGGGGACCGCCGCGGGUGUCCCACGGUUCUCAAGCCGGUAUGAGGUUCCCGCCGAACAUGCGGGGUCCUCCCCGACCGGGCUCGUCUGUGUCUAACCAGUUGGGUGGCCCCUCUCGCCCAGGAUCAUCGGCGUCAGGCCCCUAUGGCCGGGUCCGUGCCGGAUCCGCCAUGUCGGGGAGCCGUUCCGGCAGCCGCUUUGGCGGACCCCGGAAGCCGAUGCCUCCUCCUGCUGACCUCCCUACGCUCCCCACCCCAUCCAAGCUUACAGACGACUCAUUUGCCAUCUUCAACGCCGCUGAUUUCGCGCCGCCCGAGGGGUUUGCGGAGCGGGCCCGUGGUCGCUCUCAAAGUCCUUCCGGGGAGCGUCGCCCUUACAGGAUGCCUGUGCCGGCGCACUCGCCCUUGGUGGACACCGUUGAAGAGCUGCCCGCGCUACCGAGCCCUCACCUUCUCCGGAAGUCUAGCACCUUCACAGGCCUUGACUUUGCUCCGCCCCGCAAGUUCACUGACGGUGACAACCAAAGCGAUGCCGGUUCGAUCCGGAGCAACCGUAGCGGACUCUCGGCUGCGCACGCCAACGCCAUUCGCGCUGGUGCGGGACGCGUCAGCAGGCUCCCUGGUGACCAAGUCUUCACACAAGCGGCUAUGGGCAAGACGCUCAAGCCGGCAUGGGGCAUGCGUGAUUAG